GGCAACAAAGGUAGAGGAUAUAUUCGACAAUUUUAGGAGUCAACUACUUUUUGCUCUCUGCUAUUCUCCUUCCUUUCCAUUUUCUCCAUCGCUCACUCGCUGUUACUACUGCCGUGAGUGCCAUUACGGGAGUGGAAUGGAUUGUAGAGUUCUUUCAUUCAGCGGGAGUCUUAGCUUGACUCGGAGUUUGGGCGGAAACUCUGCUCGCCGGAAGUAUCCUCAUCUGCGCGCAGGGUCCUUUUGUAAGAUAAUCAGGUCUGCAAUGAAGUCCUAUAGGCUGUCAGAGCUUUCACAGUCUGAGGUUGAUAAACUAAAAACUCGUCCUCGCAUUGAUUUCUCUUCCAUUUUCAACAUGGUCCAGCCCAUUGUUGAUGAUGUUCGUAGUAGAGGGGAUGUUGCAGUAAAAGACUAUACCAUCCGUUAUGACAAGGUUGAACUGGACAAAAUGGUUGAAAAUGUCAAUGAACUUCCUCACCCAGAGCUUGAAGCAGAUGUUCGUGAGGCAUUUGAUAUAGCAUAUAACAAUAUAUAUGCCUUCCAUGCUGCACAAAAGCCUGUUGAGAGAACUGUUGAGAACAUGGCUGGUGUUAGAUGCAAACGUGUAGCUAGGAGCAUUGCUUCUGUGGGUCUUUAUGUUCCUGGCGGAACUGCUGUUUUACCUUCAACUGCUCUGAUGCUUGCAGUUCCUGCCCAAAUUGCUGGGUGCAAAACUGUUGUACUUGCAACUCCACCCAGUCGAGACGGUAACAUCUGCAAGGAAGUUCUUUAUUGUGCCAAGAAAUCUGGUGUCACUCACAUUCUUAAAGCUGGAGGUGCUCAGGCCAUUUCUGCUAUGGCUUGGGGAACGGAAUCUUGCCCCAAGGUUGAGAAGAUAUAUGGCCCAGGAAAUCAGUAUGUGACUGCUGCAAAAAUGAUUCUUCAGAAUAGUGAGGCUAUGGUUUCAAUUGACAUGCCUGCUGGACCAUCAGAAGUUCUUGUCAUAGCUGACAAGAAUGCUACUCCAGCUCAUGUUGCUGCAGAUUUACUUUCUCAGGCAGAACAUGGCCCAGAUAGCCAGGUUGUUCUCGUAAUUGUUGGGGACAAUGUAAAUCUAACUGCUAUACAGGAGGAAAUCAAUCAGCAGUGCCGAAGCCUUCCAAGGGGAGAAUUUGCUUCAAAAGCACUUGAUCAUAGUUUUACGGUAUUUGCACGUGAUAUGAUUGAGGCGAUUGCUUUUUCAAACACGUAUGCACCCGAGCAUCUUAUCAUAAACGUAAAAGAUGCUGAGAAGUGGGAGAGUUUCAUUGAGAAUGCAGGUUCUGUGUUUUUAGGAGAAUGGACACCGGAGAGUGUAGGCGAUUAUGCCAGCGGGACGAAUCACGUCCUCCCAACUUACGGCUAUGCACGGAUGUAUGGCGGGGUGUCUUUAGACUCGUUCCUUAAGUACAUCACGGUGCAGUCUUUGACGGAGGAAGGGCUGAAAAACCUAGGGCCUUGUGUGGCCACCAUGGCUGAUGUUGAAGGCUUGGAAGCCCACAAGAGGGCAGUCACCCUCAGACUGCAGGACAUUGAAGCAAGACAAGCGUCUCGUGCAAGAUAAUAAGACGGGAUGGAUUCAAGUGUAAACUUACAGACACCCAACUUUUUGGCCUUAAAAUCCAAGUGGAGUGGAGUUUUGUUUGUCAUUUCUUGUCUACGUACAAUUGCCAUUUCUAAGAUGUUUUACCAUGAACUUAUAUAUACAAGUAAAAAUGUCUGCGUUCUAGUUUGGUUCACAGUUCAUAAAUUGCAUGAAUUUGGUUCACAGUUCAUAAAUUGCAUGAAUUGUAAUUUUAUCGGUUAACCGGA